AAAAACAUCGCAAAAUCUGUGUCACUUUAUCUUGUGAUUAAAUUUAUUUUUAACUUUCCUCUUCUUUGGCUUGUAUUAAACCAAAAACACCAAAUAGUGCAGUUUUCAAUAUUCGCAGCAACUGGAAGUUACGGUGUGCAGAACCGUUUACCUCAACACAAUCCUAGUUCAAUUAGAAGAAAGCUACCCCACCCUCCAAAAGAACGAUGACUGGCUUCUCGCUAAAACUAAAAACCAAAACGGGCCAACAACACAUCGUAAGCAAUUUGGCUCAGAGUACCACCGUAGGAAACUUGAAAGGAACAAUUACCGAGCUGACCAAGAUCCCGUCGGACGUGCUGCAUGUGGUGCUUGGGUUUCCACCAUUCAAGCAGCUGAUUUUGAGCAAUGACGACGAGCUGAUAUCGAAGAUCGGCAUAAGUAAUGGGGACACGUUGAUUGUGGAAGCACGGCAGAUGAGCGAAGAGGAGCGCAACCGACUGGCGACGCUGAAACGUAUGGAGGAAGAUGAAGCACUUGCAAAGGAACUAGCCGCUCAGGGCGAGGAAAAUAGUGGGAUCUUGCUGAAACAAAUCGUUCCGAGCGAUAAUUCGUGUCUUUUCACUAGCAUCGGAUUCGUGCUAACCGGAAAGGUUGACCCAGAUAACAGUCAAUACAUGCGACAGAUUAUUGCUGCCACUGUAAAUGGAGACAAACAGGAAUACAACGAAGGUAUCCUUGGUCGACCAAACGAUGAAUACUGUGCGUGGAUUUUGCAACCUGAAGCGUGGGGCGGAGCGAUUGAAGUCUCAAUCCUUUCCGCUUACCACGGCAUCGAGUUUGACGUUGUGGAUAUAACGAAUGCGAUAAUCAAUCGAUUUGGAGAGGAUAGAAACUAUGGCAUGAGAGCUUUCUUAUUGUUCGAUGGUAUUCACUACGAUCCUUUGUAUCUGGAAUCUACUUCGGGCGAACCCCCAAAAACUAUCUUCCCUAUUGAGGACAAUCUGGUAUACAGCCAGGCAGAGCAACUCGCCAAGGAAGCCAAAUCGUCUCGCCAGUUUACAGAUGUGAACAAAUUUUCUCUAAAAUGCAUUGACUGUGGCUGCCUUCUGAAAGGGCAAGUUGAGGCACAACAGCAUGCGCAAAAAACCUCUCAUGUUAAUUUUGGCGAGGUUUAGAAGUGUUCUAUAUGUGGAUGACUGAAGCUUAAAUUUGAAUCUUGUGUUUUGGAGACAGAUAUAUAUUUCACCAAGCAUGCUGUUGAGAUUUCUGUAGACAUUUUAGCAUUUCAGAGUUGGCAUCUGUUUUGUGUUCUAGGCAUAAUUGAUAUAAAUUUUGGGGAAACAAACUGAAUAAAAUGUUGCACUACUAUUUGCGAAGUGGAUUGCAGCUAUUAUAGGUGUCCAAAA